AAGGCUAAGAACUUGGACAAUUUCUAAUUAUCCAAACUCCAAUAUAUCUCCGAAUCCCUUGUAACAAUGUGUGUGGAUAGUAACAUCCCACUACCCACACGUCACUAAUCAUCUCAGUACUCCAUUUAUUCUGCUCAUUUUCAUCAUCUCCUUCUUUCUCUUUUCUUGCAAUUAAGAACACUUCAUCAUCAUCGUCAUCAUCAUUCAUCAGGAAAAAAAAAAAAAAAAAAUAUCAUGAUGGAGUGAUGAACCUGGGGUGUGUGUAAAGUAACAAGCUAUCUGGAAAUUUACUUUGAUAUCUGGAAGUAGUAUACUUGUGGAAGACAUGGCUCAUUUCUAUGCUCUGCUCAAGCCCCCAGAAGGAGCUUCUGUCACAAAGAGAGAAAUGGUUCAACCAAUACCAGCAAAGGGACAAAAAAUAGAUGUUAUCCAGCUAUACCCAGAUCCGGAAUCAGUUUGUUGUGCCUCAUGUUUGAAAAAAUCUAGUUGCAAAAUAGUCCGUACUAAAACAAAGAUGAUGAACAUUUUGCUAGAAAAAGGAAAGGCUGAAGAUGCCCUGUCAAUGUUUGAGCAGUUAAUUAAAGAUGGACACAUUCCAUCACUGAUAACAUACACUACUCUAUUAGCUGUUUUGACAAUUCUGAAACGCUUUGAAUUCAUACACCCAAUCAUCUCCCAGGUUGAGAAAAAUGGGAUGAAUCCUGAUUCUGUGUUUUUCAAUGCUGUUAUAAAUGCAUUUGCAGAAUCAGGAAAUAUGGAGGAAGCUAUGAAAGCUUUUCUGAAAAUGAAAGAUAAUGGAUACAGACCUAGUACCAGCACCUACAACACAUUGAUUAAAGGGUUCGGCAUUGCUGGUUAUCCGGAAGAAUCAAUGAAAUUGCUUGAACAGAUGUCCAUAAAUGGAAUGGCAAAACCCAAUCUCAGGUCAUACAAUGUAUUGGUUAGGGCUUGGUGUAGCAAGGGAAAUAUUACACAGGCAUGGAAUGUAGUCCACAAAAUGAUGGCUUCUGGCCUGAAACCAGAUACUGUUACCUACAAUACUCUAGCAACAGCUUAUGUUCAGAAUGGUGAAACUAAGCUGGCAGAGGAGAUGAUAUCGGAGAUGCUAAGCAACAAUGUACAACCGAAUGAAAGAACUAGCUGUAUCAUAUCAAGUGGAUAUUGUAAAGAAGGUAAAUUGAGGGAUGCUAUAAGAUUUGUUAAUAAGAUGAAAGGACUUAAAGGGCGUCCCAAUCUUGUCAUUUUCAAUUCUUUGAUCAAAGGCUUUCUGGACAAUACAGACCGGGAGGGGGUUGAUGAGGUUUUGAGAUUAAUGGAAGAAUAUGGACUGAAACCAGAUGUGAUUACAUGUAGCACAAUCAUGAACGCAUGGAGUGCUGCAGGUUUUAUGGACAAGUGCCAAGAAAUAUUUGAUCAUAUGGUUAAAUCUGGAAUCAAACCUGAUGCUCAUGCAUAUAGCAUUCUCGCUAAAGGUUAUACACGUGCAAGAGAACCUGAGAAGGCCGAGGAAAUACUAAACCAUAUGAUAAAUAUGGGUCUCCAUCCUAAUGUUGUGAUGUUCACAACUGUAAUCAAUGGCUGGUGCAGUACAGGAAAUAUGGAAUGUGCUAACAAAAUCUUCAAGAAUAUGUGUGAUAAUGGGGUAUCACCAAAUCUGAAAACCUUUGAAACACUAAUUUGGGGAUAUGGAGAGGCAAAGCAACCGUGGAAAUCUGAAGAAAUGCUUCAGAUGAUGGAAGAAUUCGGUGUCCAGCCUGAAGAAAGCACCUUCACACUCAUUGCUGAAGCUUGGCAAGCUGCUGGCGUAGCUAAAGAAGUGGGUAGAGUUCUUGUUUCUGCAAGAAACCAGGUAUUGACUGAUCAAAGAAAUAGCACUGAGGAGCUGCCAGUUGUAAGUUCAGAAGAUGUAUAUCAGAAACAACUGUCUAACUCAUCUUAUUCUGACAUGUUAUUGACAACCAACGGAGCUAUUGGUGAUUCUAAAGGGUCUGGCCCUAGUACCAUUAAAAGCCGAUUGGUACUAAGAGAUGCAUCAGAACCUCCCUGGAAUAAUUCUGCUAAGUCCAUUAAUGCUGCUCAAGCUUGUCGAUUUGGGACCAGACCACCCAUCAUUUGUCGGAAGCAAUCUCAUGGGCAGCCAAGUUUGUACAGCCACCUUGCUCUGUCAUGUACAUUGGUUUUCUUGAACUGAGAGAAUUUGGGUGUUCCACAUCUUGGAAUGUUACAGGGGUGAAUACUCGUUUGACACCCAUUUAAUGUUGUAGAUACUAAGGUCUCCCUGUUCAGCCAGUUCCACUAAUGUUGUAGCUUACUGAGCAUAUUGAGUUGCUUAGUUAGGUACAAAUUUUGGUUGUACAGAAAGCAAAAAAACUGUAAAGGGCAUUUUGUUAAUGUCAUGAAAUUACUCAUUACUUCAGAGAUGUAUUAUUUUUAGUCUCAAAUACUCUAUUUUCCCACUGGUUGUAUAUUAAACCCACGCAGAGAGUUCGUACAUACCUGUAUUUUGGUCAUUGUUAUGACAGAAAUAUAUGAGACGCAGGCAAAAGAAAUUAAAAUA